AUGAGCGACCUGGACUCCGAGGUGCUGCCCCUGCCGCCGCGGUACCGCUUCCGGGACCUGCUGCUGGGGGACCAGGCCCUGCAGAGCGAGGACAGGGUCCAGGUGGAGUUCUACGUCAACGAGAACACGUUCAAGGAGCGGCUCAAGCUGUUUUUCAUCAAGAACCAGAGAUCCAGCCUGAGGAUCCGACUGUUCAACUUCUCCCUGAAGCUGCUCACGUGUCUUCUCUACAUCGUCCGAGUCCUGCUCGACGACCCGGCCCUGGGCAUCGGCUGGGCGCCCAUCCUGUGGGUGGAGAGGAAGAUGGCCCUGUGGGUGACCCAGGUCAUCGUGGCCGUAAUCAGCUUCCUGGAGACCAUGCUGCUCAUUUACCUCAGCUACAAGGGCAACAUCUGGGAGCAGAUCUUCCGCGUGUCCUUCGUCCUGGAGAUGAUCAACACCCUGCCCUUCAUCGUCACGAUCUUCUGGGCGCCGCUGCGGAACCUGUUCAUCCCCGUGUUUCUGAACUGCUGGCUGGCCAAGCACGCGCUGGAGAACAUGAUUAACGACUUCCACCGCGCCAUCCUGCGGACGCAGUCGGCCAUGUUCAACCAGGUCCUGAUCCUCUUCUGCACCCUGCUGUGCCUGGUCUUCACGGGGACCUGCGGCAUCCAGCACCUGGAGCGGGCGGGCGAGAACCUGUCCCUGCUCACCUCCUUCUACUUCUGCAUCGUCACCUUCUCCACCGUGGGCUACGGCGACGUGACGCCCAAGAUCUGGCCGUCCCAGCUGCUGGUCGUCAUCAUGAUCUGCGUGGCCCUCGUGGUGCUCCCCCUGCAGUGCGAGGAGCUGGUCUACCUGUGGAUGGAGCGGCAGAAGUCGGGGGGCAACUACAGCCGCCACCGGGCCCAGACGGAGAAGCACGUGGUGCUGUGCGUCAGCUCCCUCAAGAUCGACCUGCUCAUGGACUUCCUGAACGAGUUCUACGCCCACCCCCGGCUCCAGGACUAUUACGUGGUCAUCCUGUGCCCCACGGACAUGGACAUCCAGGUGCGCCGGGUCCUGCAGAUCCCGCUGUGGGCCCAGCGGGUCAUCUACCUCCAGGGCUCGGCGCUCAAGGACCAGGACCUCAUGCGAGCCAAGAUGGACAACGGCGAGGCCUGCUUCAUCCUCAGCAGCCGGAACGAGGUGGACCGCACGGCGGCGGACCACCAGACCAUCCUGCGGGCCUGGGCCGUCAAGGACUUCGCCCCCAACUGCCCGCUCUACGUGCAGAUCCUCAAGCCCGAGAACAAGUUCCACGUCAAGUUCGCAGACCACGUGGUGUGUGAGGAGGAGUGCAAGUACGCCAUGCUGGCCCUGAACUGCAUCUGCCCGGCCACGUCCACCCUCAUCACCCUGCUGGUGCACACGUCCCGCGGCCAGGAGGGCCAGGAGUCCCCGGAGCAGUGGCAGCGCAUGUACGGGCGCUGCUCGGGCAACGAGGUGUACCACGUGCGCAUGGGCGACAGCAAGUUCUUCCGGGAGUACCAGGGCAAGAGCUUCACCUACGCCGCCUUCCACGCGCACAAGAAGUACGGCGUGUGCCUCAUCGGGCUGAAGCGGGAGGAGAACAAGAGCAUCCUGCUGAACCCCGGCCCGAGGCACUCGCUGGCGGCCUCCGACACCUGCUUCUACAUCAACAUCACCAAGGAGGAGAACUCGGCCUUCACCUUCAAGCAGGAGGAGGCGGGGCGGGGCCUCGGGGCGCCCGGGCGCGGCCAGGCCUCCUCGCGCCUGCCGGUGCACAGCAUCAUCGCUUCCGUGGGGACAGUGGCCAUGGACUUCCAGAACACAGAGUGCCAGCCGGCCCAGGGCGAUGGGAGCAGCAAGCUGGCGCUGCCCUCGGAGAACGGCUCCGGCAGCCGGCGGCCCAGCAUCGCGCCUGUCAUGGAGCUGGCCGACAGCUCAGCCCUGCUGCCCUGCGACCUGCUCAGCGACCAGUCGGAGGACGAGAUGAUGCCCUCGGAGGACGAGGGGUUGUCGGUGGUGGAGUACGUGAAGGGUUACCCCCCCAACUCGCCCUACAUCGGCAGCUCCCCCACCCUGUGCCACCUGCUGCCCGAGAAGGCCCCCUUCUGCUGCCUGCGGCUGGACAAGGGCUGCAAGCACAACAGCUACGAGGACGCCAAGGCCUACGGCUUCAAGAACAAGCUGAUCAUCGUCUCGGCGGAGACGGCGGGCAACGGGCUGUACAACUUCAUCGUGCCGCUGCGGGCCUACUACCGGUCCCGCAGGGAGCUCAACCCCAUCGUGCUGCUGCUGGACAACAGCCUGGACAGCCUGCUGCAGUGCGGCAUCAUCUACGCGGACAACCUGGUGGUGGUGGACAAGGAGAGCACCAUGAGCGCCGAGGAGGACUACAUGGCCGACGCCAAGACCAUCGUCAACGUGCAGACCAUGUUCCGCCUCUUCCCCAGCCUCAGCAUCACCACGGAGCUCACGCAUCCUUCCAACAUGCGGUUCAUGCAGUUCCGCGCCAAGGACAGCUACUCUCUGGCUCUUUCCAAACUGGAGAAGAGGGAGCGGGAGAACGGCUCCAACCUGGCCUUCAUGUUCCGCCUGCCGUUCGCCGCCGGCCGCGUCUUCAGCAUCAGCAUGUUGGACACGCUGCUGUAUCAGUCCUUCGUGAAGGACUACAUGAUCUCCAUCACCCGGCUGCUGCUGGGGCUGGACACCACGCCCGGCUCCGGCUACCUCUGCGCCAUGAAGAUCACGGAGGCCGACCUGUGGAUCGGCACCUACGGCCGCCUCUUCCAGAAGCUCUGCUCCUCCAGCGCCGAGAUCCCCAUCGGCGUCUACCGGACCCAGAGCCACCUCUUCCCCACGGAGUCCCAGGUCUCGGUGAGCAUGGAGGACUGCGAGGACACGCAGGAAGUGAAGGGACCCUGGGGCGCACGGGUGGGGUCUGGCGGCAGCACCCACGGCCGGCACACGGUUGGCAGCGACCAGGCCGAGCACCCGCUGCUGCGGCGCAAGAGCCUGCAGUGGGCCCGGAGGCUGAGCCGCAGGAGCUCCAGGCACGGGGGCCGGGCGGCGGCCGAGAGCAUCAGCCAGCAGCGGGUCAGCCUGUCCCGGCGCUCCGAGCGGCAGGAGCUGUCCGAGCUGGUCAAGAACCGCAUGAAGCACCUGGGGCUGCCCACCACUGGCUACGACGAGAUGAACGACCAGCAGAACACCCUCUCCUACGUCCUCAUCAACCCCCCGCCCGACACGAGGCUGGAGCCCAACGACAUCGUGUACCUCAUCCGCUGCGACCCCCUGGCUCACGUGCCCAGCAGCGCCCAGAGCCGCCACAACAGCUGCAGCCACAGGCUGGCCUCCUGCAGCCCCGAGACGCGCGACGAGACGCAGCUCUGA